UACAAACUUGGAGAUUUUCCCGUAGAUGGCUCCACUAGUGCUAAACCUAAUAUUAGUGAAGUUGAGUGGUUGGAUGUUAAGAAUCAUUAUUUAACUAUUCCAAACAAAUUAAGACAAUUUUGGUUCUUUGAUUAUAUUUAAAACUAAAAAUAAUGGGUUUGGCGUCUCAGAUACGUUCUGUUUUAGUAGUCAAUCAAAAUAUCUUAUCAAAGAGAUAUUUACACGCUAGUACGGCACUUAACAAAACACAAUCUGGACACUAUAGGCCUAUACCAAACAGACCUCAACCACUGACGUAUGAAAUGGCAAACCCUCCUUGUUAUAUUAAGCAUAGAAAAGCUUGGAAUUCUUGGAAUACUUCAAAUAUAAAAGAUGGUAACAGACCAUCGGAGACUGCUGUAGAGGACUUAUUCAUAAGAAACUUUAUGACUGGAACAUGGCACAAUUUGUUCGCAAGCGAGAUAAUUAUUAAGCGACAGCAUAAUAUGAUCAGAAUUGCUGGGAUUGUUGUACGGAAUAUUUUACCUAUAAAGAUGUACUUUCUAAUAGGUUAUACUGAAGAGCUUUUAACUUAUUGGUUGCAUUGUCCAGUUAAAUUGGAAUUAGUAACAACAAAUGACAAAGAAGAUACUAUAUACAAAAUAAUAUAACUAAAUUAAACAUCUUUCAAUACAAUUAUGUUUUAUUUAUACUUAUUCUAGCAAAUUUGUAACUAGUACUUUAAUAUAAGAAAUAAGUCAAUAAAUUUCAUGAUA